UACUGGGGGCGUAGCUCAUCCGUCCGCCGACGCUCGCCUUUCUUCCUCUCCGUUUCGAUGUAUCCGCGGCGGCCGCAAGAUUUUAAGGAGGGACUGAGCGGCCGAGGUUGUGAGGAUGUGCCGGCGGUGGGAGGAUACGCGAGCUCGUUAAGGUCUUGGGACACCAGUGACGCUUGGCCGAUGGAGAACAGGUUCCGGGCACCAGCGGCUGGGCCUUGGGGAGAGAGAGCAGCGGCGGCGGCGACAACCCCGGCGCCAGCCAGCACUGCGGGGGCGACUGCCCCAGAGAGCGCGGCGGGAUCCUCUGAUCAGUUAAAUAGAUUUGCAGGAUUUGGCAUUGGUCUUGCAAGUCUCUUUACAGAAAAUGUCUUGGCACAUCCCUGUAUUGUUUUCCGGCGGCAAUGUCAGGUUAAUUAUCAUGCAAAAAAUUAUCAUCUUACUCCUUUCACCGUUGUUAAUAUUAUGUACCAUUUCAGCAAAACACAGGGUAUAAAAGGAUUAUGGAAAGGGAUGGGAAGUACAUUUAUUGUUCAAGGAAUAGCUCUGGGUACUGAAGGAAUCAUCAGUGAAUUCACACCUCUGCCUAGAGAGGUUUCACAUAAAUGGAGUCCUAAACAAAUUGUUGGUCAUCUUGCACUCAAAGGGUUGACAUGUGCUGUGGCAAUGCCUUUUUACUCAGCUAGUUUAAUUGAAACUGUGCAGAGUGAAAUUGUUAGAGACAAUCCAGGAAUAUUGGAUUGUGUGAAGGAAGGUGUCUGCAGACUGGUGGGAAUGGGUGUCCCACAUAGCAAGCGUUUGCUUCCUCUUGGAGUCUUAGUCUUCCCUACUGUCUUGCAUGGAGUGCUCCAUUACAUCAUCAGUGGCAUCAUCCAGAAAGUAAUUCUGUUUCUUUUACGGAGAAAGACAUCGCAACAGUACCCAACUGAGACUUCUAGUUCUAUACAAACUGUUCUGGAUGCUUAUUUCCCUGAACUUAUUGCUGGUUUUGUUGCAAAUCUUUGUGCUGAUGUUUUAGUUUAUCCAUUGGAAACGGUACUUCACCGCCUCCAUAUUCAAGGAACUCGCACCAUCAUUGACAACACAGACCAUGGAUAUGAAGUUCUUCCUAUUAACACUCAGUAUGAGGGAAUGAAAGACUGCAUUAACAUAAUCAAAAAAGAAGAAGGCAUCUUUGGCUUUUAUAAGGGUUUUGGAGCAGUUCUUGUCCAGUACACGUUGCACGUUGCUGUACUGCAGAUAACUAGGAUUAUAUAUUCUAUGUGGUUACAAAAUGCCACCUAAUCCUGGCAUUUAAGAUGUCUUUGUAAGAUAAAUAAUCCGUAAUAAUGAAGGAUAUAUUAUUAAUUUUCUGUGGUGCAUGUUAGGAAGCACUAAUAAAAUGCACUGUUAACUGUUAAACUAUUGAGUUGGUGAAAAUCUAAUUUUAAAAUUAAGAUAUUUGUAAAAUUGUAAAGAUGUCCAUGAUAUGUGACCUUUAAUGUCCUUCAAAAGUGGUCUCUGCUAUUCUCCAUGAUUCUCCUUUUGAUAUAUCAUAAUGCAGCAUCCAUUCAAAUAGCAUUAAGCAAGAGAUUAAUCAUAACCAUAACAUCUUGCUCUAUUACUUGAUUGAAAUAACUAACAGCACUUUUUAACGUAAUUUUGAUCAACAUCUAAAUCUAUAACCUUGCACCAUGAUUGGAGAUGAUUUUCAUGCCCCUGGCACGUUUCUUUAUCACAGAAGGUGUCACAAUUCUUCGUCCUUAGUGAAUUUGUCUACAUAAAAAAUAUUAAAUGGUAAGUAAGGGAGAAUCAUAAUAAUUAUGGCUUAAUAUGUGGUUGAAGUUAUAGUGGUGUUUUGCUGCGCAGUGUUUGCAUUUGCUAAUUUUGAUUGGCUUUGCCUUACUGAAUUUCUUCAGUUCAAGGUAACAAGAGUGUGGCUUUAUUUUUGGAUGUAGCGUGUUAAAUAAUAUCACUGUAUGAUUAAUAACAUAGCAAUUUAAUGAAGGUUAAUGUAUUGCCGUGAUGCCAUUUGUGAUCUGGUUCAAAUAUAUAUAUUUUCAACUUUUCCAGGGCAAAUGCUUGCCUGUUUGGUCAACUAAAUAUAUAAAUUAUCAAAGAAAAAAAGCAUGUAUAUCUGAGUUUGGUACUUAAUGCCCCAUCAUCUGCAGUCUUUAAGUAGCAUCUUGCAUUCUUUUCUUCACUGGAUGAUGAUAAAUAAUCAUAUGUAUUAAUUGAAAAUUACUUUGAAGUUACAAUUUGCUCAACAGCUUCAAUUUAAUUUACUAUAAAUUAUGAAUUACUGAAAUCUAUCAAUCUCAUUACCUAAACAGAAGUGAUUCUGCAGAUACUGAAAAUCCAAGCAAUACACACAAAAUGUUGGAGGAACUCAGGAGGUCAGGCAGCAACAAUGGAAACGAAUAAAUUGUUGAUGAUUCAGGCCGAGACCUUUCAUCAAUCUCAUUUCCUAAUGUAGCUUCACUGUGAUUAAACAGAAUCAAGUGUUUUUUUUCCACAAAACUUAAAGAUUUAAACAUUUCUAAACUUUGACAUUUUAUCUUUAUUACUGGCAUGGAAUUAAAGUAUAAAUUUGAAAUGCGAUGGAUUAAACAUCAGUGAGAGUGUGUAAUCUUCAAUAUUUUGGAUCCAUUCCUCUUUGAAACAUCCACUAUUGUUAAUGUGCAGGUUUGGCUCUAAAUUGAAAUUUUAAAGGCUCUGUGGAAAUUACUUUUUUCUUUGGGGAGGUGAGGUGGAGGGAUGCUUUCAGGACAGGUAGGAAGGGGAAAAAGCAAGUAGUACUUCACUGCAACACAACAGAUAAAAUCUUAUAUAAUAAUUUUUAAAAUUUGUAUCGUAAUUAGAUUUGAAUCUUCAAGCUGAAUCCUUAAGUCUCAAAAAAGCAUGGAAUUCUUUGUUACGUGUGCAAAUAGCUUGUAUGUUGCAGAAUGAUGGAAAGGAAAUUCUUGGAUCCAGAUUUCACUCAGAACAGCUUUCAUUAAAUGCUAAUUGUGUGUUUAACAAUGUCCAAUUUAAUGUAACUACUUUCAAUUCCACAAGUGACCUUAACACUUUCUGAAAGAUAGGAUAAUUCUUUGUAUGAUAGUGAUUCUGGAAAUAUUUACCUUAUUACUGAUUCCAAGAAAGUUGAUGGGGAAUUUGCUGAUAUAUACAUGUAUGUCUCAAAUUAUGCCACAUUGCCCUUAUCUGAUCUAUGUUGUUAGAAAAUUACUGGCUGAAGACCUGUUAUCUGCAAACCUUUCUUGUACAGAAAGUAAAUUAUUCCUGAAGUCUAAGCACAGUGUAUCAGUUGACUUCAAAAAAAGUGCAUAAGUGCUUAGUGGGGAAGAAAAAUAUCCUGAAAAAGAUGGAUACUUUGUUUCCUCUGUUUUUGCUCAGCGUGUAUUAAACACCAGUCUCAUCUGAAGUAGGCACUGAGCUGCAGAAGUAAAUGAAA